AUGGCAUGGGCUGCAACAAUAGUGAUAUUAUUGUUGGAAUAUUACCGCUCCAACACUAGACCAAUACCACGCAUGACAUCCUCAUAUGUUGGGGACAAAUGGGAUGGUGAGAUGCUUGUUGGACAUCCAAUAAGAAUGAAUCAGUUAGAGGAGAUAUGGAGCGAUUUCAGCAUUCCUCACAAACAAUUAGUUGAUAUUUCUAUAAAGAACUGCAUUAGAGCAAUCGAUGGUAAGCAUGUGGAUGCCCGACUACCAAGUCAUGAAAUGAUCGCGUAUAUUGGUCGGAGUGGUAGAACUACCCAAAAUGUGAUGGCAAUGUGUGACUUCAACAUGUGCUUCAUAUUUGUAAUGGCGGGGUGGGAAGGAAGUGUACAUGACAGUUGCCUUUUUUCCUAUGCAACUAGGAGUAGAACACAGUAUUUUCCUCAUUCACCUUCAGGAAAGUAUUAUUUGGUAGAUGCUGGGUAUCCGAUGCUAAAGGGCUACAUGAAGCCCUUUCUAAAAAGCAGAUACCAUAUUCCUGAUUUUGAGCAAGCAAGUGGCAUGAUUCGUGGAAAAAAAGAAAUGUUUAACAAAUGA